AUGACUGGAUUAAACUACUCUUAUUCUUACAGAUCGCACCAAAGUUUGAAUUUUUGCGAUCAUCGCGGUCUUUACAAGUCAGACCAAAUUUUAAACACUAAAAUAUUCAAUAAGGGACAAGGCUGGGAGAAGAAAUUACUUUUCUCAGAAGACACUCGAAAAGAAAACAACCUCAAAAGCUCAUCAUUGACAACUUCCUUAAAGACAAUUUGCCGUUUUGAUGAAGCCUUCUACUUUCUUCCAAAUAAUAUCCCACAAAGAAUAUUUUGCAAAGAGACUUUUAUAAACGAGCUUAUCCAUAAUCUAAUUACUGAUAUGCAUGUAAUACAACCAAUGUUUCAGUAUAGUAAGGAAAUUAUGAAUUUCCAGGAUAAUACUUAUUUAAGGUUUGUGUUUACUAAUUUUUUUCAGUUUUGCGACCAAAAUCUCAAUUCUAAAAUUUUGAGAUGA